ACCAUAUUAUUAUUUUCUCUAAAUUUCAAUCAAAAAAUCAAAAACUACAUUCAUUAUUAUUAAUAAUGGCUUCUCUUCAUCAAUUUCUCCUCUUCUCUCUAAUCAUUCCCUUCUUCCAUUUCCUUCAAGGUGUUAAUUCAGCUACAUUCACAAUAACAAACGAAUGCAGUUACACAAUUUGGCCGGGAAUUUUAUCCGGUGCCGGAACUUCACCACUUUCCACCACCGGAUUUUCUCUCCAACCGGGAGAAUCAAACUCUCUCCAAGUACCAAUUUCUUGGUCAGGUCGAUUAUGGGGUCGAACCCUUUGCUCCACAGACCCAACAACAUCCAAAUUUUCCUGCGUCACAGGCGAUUGUGGCUCCUCCACCGUCGAAUGCAGCGGUGCCGGAGCUAUUCCUCCGGCGACUCUAGCUGAAUUCACACUCAACGGAGCCGGAGGAUUGGAUUUCUACGAUGUUAGCCUUGUUGACGGUUAUAACCUCCCCAUGAAGGUUGCUCCGGUGGUCGGUGAAGGUACCGGCGGGAACUGUACUACGACGGGUUGUUUGGUGGAUUUGAAUCCAGGGUGUCCGGCGGAAUUGAAGGUUUCGUCGGCGAGUGUAGAGAGCGUGGCGUGUAAAAGCGCGUGUGAGGCUUUUGGGGACCCACAGUUUUGUUGUAGUGGGGCCUACGCUACUCCUGACACGUGUAAACCUAGCUCUUAUUCUCUAUUCUUUAAAAAUGCGUGUCCAAAAGCUUAUAGCUACGCUUAUGACGAUGGAACCAGUACCUUCACAUGUGCCAACGCCAAUUACGUAAUUACCUUUUGCCCUUCGCCAACUACAAGUGUAAAGUCUUCUAACGGGAAGUAUCCCGAGGCAGCCGAAGUAUCGGCCAGUUCUCGCAAAACGACACCGUAUCUCAUUGGAUUUGGCGUUUUAGGGGCAAGUUGGGGAUUUCGGCAACUAUUCAUUUAACCGGCGGAUUCAUUGAGUGGGCCCGGCCCAAUGUUGUGAUCUGAAACUGGAUCAAGAUAUGGACAAUGAAUUGGGGCCCACUUUUAUUUUUACUAUUGGUUACAACUUGUUACUACAACGGCCCAAUUGUCAGUGAUUAUUCAUUCUGGCUAUUUUGUCUUAUCUUUCAAGUUGUAUGAGUGGAAAUUAAAUAGUAGAAAAUAGGAAAAGUUAAUUUUUUUAUUUUUUUAAAUUAGAAAUUACUGUAAAAAAAACAAGAGUACUCUGUAUUUCGAAUCUGAAUAUUAAUAUAGUUUAGUUGGAUCUUGAA